ACUGCGGCAGUGGGGCGGGUGUGUGUCACCACCCCCCCCACCUCACCCCACCAUGCAGGGUGGUCCCCGGUGCCAGGGGGCCGGUGGGUGCCAGGGGGGAUGGUACCCACAGCCCAGCGCACCCCCUCCUGGGGGUGGGAACAGCCUGGAGCCCGAGGAGAACAGCAUGGAGCCGCCGGCCGCGCCGGAGGAGGAGAUGCCCCUCACCGCGGCGCCCGGCCCGGCGGGUUGCCAGCUCUUCGGUUACGUGGGCAUCGAAGCCGUGCUGGACCAGAUGAAGGUCAAAACCAUGAAGAUGGGCUUCGAGUUCAACAUCAUGGUCGUGGGGCAGAGCGGGCUGGGGAAGUCGACGAUGGUCAACACCCUCUUCAAGUCCAAGGUGAGCCGCAAAGCCUCGCAGCCCGGCCAGGAGGAGCGCAUCCCCAAGACGGUGCAGCUGCAGUCCGUCACCCACGUCAUCGAGGAGAAGGGUGUGAAGAUGAAGCUGACGGUGACGGACACGCCGGGGUUCGGGGACCAGAUCAACAACGAGAACUGCUGGGACCCCAUCAUCAAAUACAUCAACGAGCAGUACGAGAGGUACCUGCGUGAGGAGAUCCUCAUCACCCGCAAGAGGAAGAUCCCGGACACCCGGGUCCAUGGAUGCGUCUACUUUGUCCCCCCCACGGGUCACUGGCUGCGCCCGUUGGACCUGGAGUUCAUGCGGCGGCUCAGUAAGAUCGUCAACGUGGUGCCGGUGAUCGCCAAAGCCGACACGCUCACCCUGGAGGAACGGGCAGAGUUCAAGCAACGGAUCCAGGAGGACCUGAAGACCCACGCCAUCAGCGUGUACCCACAGGAGGACUUUGACCAGGACCCGGAUGACAGGGUGCUGAACGACCGGAUUCGGGAGAAGAUCCCCUUCGCCGUGGUGGGGGCCGACCAGGAGCACCAGGUGAACGGCAAGAGGGUGCUGGGCCGCAAGACCAAGUGGGGCAUCAUCGAAGUGGAGAACCCGGCGCACUGCGAGUUCCCCCUCCUGAGGGACCUGCUGAUCCGGUCCCACCUGCAGGACCUGAAGGACAUCACCCACAACGUCCACUACGAGAGUUACCGCGUGCGGCGGCUGAACGAGAGCAACCGGGGGGAGCUGAGCCCCCCCAACGGGCUGCCCGGCAAGGGUGAGGGGGGCAGCGACCACUGAGCCACCACCUGUGCCCCCCAGAGUCACCGCUGGACCCCCGUCCCCAUCCCCUGCCCACCAGCGGCUGUGCCCAGACCCUCCCUGGGGUGGGGACCCUCCCCCUCCACCAAGAGCUCUGGGUCCCUCACCCUUAAGCUCCACCGUGGGCACAGCCACCCUGCAUGACAUUAAAGGUCAACCCGGAGCCUUCAGCCUUCACCACCAUCAUCAUCCUCCCGCUGGACCACCUGCUUCUGAUGUGCCACCACCUUCCUGCGCUGCUCCGGCUGCUGGAGCCAUGGGGGGACCCCAACCCAGUGAUGCCGGGGUGCCCCGUGCCACCACCGGUGGGGUGUUUGGUGUCACCCCAGGUAGCCGGGGCGGGCAGGGUGACAGUCCCCUCCCCACGGUCACCCCCCCGCCCCACGGGGUGACGGCAGCUGGCACAGCUGGACUUUGACCCUCUUAUCGGGUGGCGGAGGUGCCGGGAGAGGUGUGGAGCUGCCACCUGCAAGGGUGGAAACCUGUGGGGGUUUUUUUUUGGGGGGGGGAGCUACACCCAGCCGCUCCCCACUCUGGCACCU